GUUUUCAUAGAUCGGAGUAAAUUUUACACAACAUUACGGAGGUAAUCAUGAACACCAAAGAUUUUGUAGUUCUUCCAUGGGGAAAACCUGGAAAUUCUGUAAAGCUAAAAUAUAAAAAUGCUCAGGAACUGCGCGUGGAGAAGGUACAGCUGGAGUUGGAGACGCACGAGAUGGAGAAGAAACUACGAGAAUUCCGAUCAACGCGGAGCAAAGAAAAGGAAGAAAGAGAGUCAAAUGAAUAUCACUGGAAAUCUGGAAAAGCGGGAAAAUUUGGUCAUCAAUCACACAUUAUGUUACAAAACAAAGGAAAUAUUUUUAAGUCUUCUGGCGGAAAAGUGAAAUUAAAAUUACUGAAGGAACAGAUUCAAGAGGCAAUGAAGCAACCAGUUAUUUAUAAAAUGUCACAUACUUCUGAAGGUGGAAAACCUAAGAUUAAAGGGAAGGCUUGCGGACAGUGUGAGAACAGAGCUGCCCUGCUGGUGUGCCUCGAGUGUGGCGAAGACUAUUGUUCGGGCUGCUUUGCUAAAAUACACCAGAAGGGGGCACUAAAACUCCACAGAACAACGCUUCUGCAGGCAAGAUCUCAAGUAUUAUCUGGUGUGUUGGAUGUGGCGCAUCAGUUUAUAAAGCAAGUCACUCCAGAUGAACCCAAAAGAGAGACUAAUUCUGCGGAAGAGCCUGGUGAAAGUCAGCAUCAACCCAAAUCUCGACUUCUGCAGGGGAGCAGCUCUGAGGUAGAAAUUACAACAAAAAGAGCAGAAUGUGCAAAACCAAGAGACAGACUCUUGUGUGAAGGGUCACUCAAUGCCGAGGUGUCUGCCCCGGCCUUUCAGGAAGGGUCAAGUCAGGGGGGAACUGGAAGUCACAGGAACAAUGAGAAACAUGAUUCACGUGAAGCAAAACCAGACUCAUUGGAAGAAUGUGAAGUUCAGACUUACCUGAAAAUCUGGAGAGAACCACUUAAUAUUGAGUUUAAAGAAGACAGUCUAUCCUAUAUGGAAAAAUUGUGGCUUAAAAAACACAGGAGAACUUCACAAAAGCAACUUCUUAACUCGCCUCCAGGUGCAUCCACACAUCCAUGUGAAACCACGCGUGAGGCACAGUAUUCUCCAAAGGAAAAUGAUGGUGAUAGUGAUGUUAAGGAGACCAAAGUACAACAUCCAGCUCUCUUUCUGUUGGUAGAAGAAUUAAACAUAGAAAGGCCUGAACCGUCUCUAAAGAUAGUGGAGCUGGAUGAAACGUGUGAAGAGGAAUUUGAAGAUCCAGGCAGUGCUGUGCCUUACAAAGUUGAAUUAGCUGAUGCAGACAGUGAACAAAGUUGCUCAUUUCAUGAUUAUCAGAAGGAUAGCUUUCCACAUAAAAAUGACAUCCCUCAACAUCAUGUUUUCAACAAGGGAAGAAGUCUUUGUCUGAGAAACAGCUCUCCAUAUGAUAAAGGUAAUACAAAAGUAGGAACUUCAAAUAGAGAUUUUGACAACACUGUGGAUCCUGGUGUUUCUUCUCCUGACAUUGAAAAAGUAGGGGAAGCCUGCUUUUCUGAAAGAAACUUAAAAGAAAAAAAUAUAGAUAUGGAAAGUAAUCAAAUGUCUAAUGAUUCCUGCAUAUUACUUGAGAGCAAGGAUGCUUUGCCAAGUAUAAACUUAGAAAAACAUUCUAUUGAGGAGAAAUUAUCUCAUGACAUCAAAAAUUCCUUGGAACUUAGCAAUCUACAUGAAAGGCCAAACUUUGAAGAUUCUAAAACUACACAGUUAUCAGUGCUUUUACAAGAAAUAGCCCUCAGAAGUAAGCCUAUAACUGAGCAAUAUCAAGGACUUGAGAGAUUCUUUGUUUUUGAUGAAAAUGAGAGACUCAACUUCCUGCCUUCUUGUAGUUUAGAAUGCAGUGAACCCAGUACUAGGAUUAUGCUUGCAGAAGACAGAGAAUGGAUCCCAGACCUCAGCUUAAGUCAGCAUGCGGAUGAUGCAGCUGCCUUGGGCAUUGUGCAGAGUGCCCAGAACCCGUCAUCGACUACAAGACGGCAAAAGAUGGACCAGAAGCCACAGAGACUGUCAACAGCAAAUUUACCACUUUCCAACAUUGCUCAAAAAAGUUCCAGUUGCCUGGCAUCCUCUCAUCCUCGAUCAAGAAGCGCAGUGGCUGGGUCAUUAUCUGGCGCUGCUUCUGAAAUUGCAGAAAUGGAAUAUGUUGGUAUUACUGACCAGAAUGAGCUCUUUUCAGAUGACACUGCCGAUCAAAUUACCUUAGACAAUCUGGCAAAGGAACUUAGUGUGCUGAAAAUGGAUGCAG